GGCGGUGCCGUAGUGUGCAAUGGAACAGUCCAGCGAAAGGCAGCCGGCGGUGGAGCAGGAAGAUCGCCAGAGCGAGGAACUUUUCGAAGAGGAAGCGGAUCAAGGGAAGGUACUGGCAGACCCUACGGAAAAUAGCCCAAAUAGUGUGCAGAAUCCAAAUGAACGAGAGGAGGAAGAAGAUCGAACGGAGGAGGACAUUGCAAAGACAUGUGAAGAUGAGCCAGUCGACAUAGAAGAAAUUGAAGAAAAAACAGAAAUAGAGAGCGAUUCAAAUUCAGAGGAGAAUCAGGAGCAGGAAGAAUUGGAGAAAGGGGAAUGUAAGCAGGAAGGUAUCGAAUCAUUGUCUACAGAAGAAAAACUGGAAGUUAAAACUGCGGAAGAAAUAAUUUUGGAAAGAGAAGAGCUUAAACAAAUAGAGGAAUUAGAAGAAGAGCUCCCAGAACCAGAAAAAAUUAGCGAAGAUCAGAUUGUUGAGGAAGAAGACAUCCCCAAAGAAGACAUCCAAAAAGAGGAACAGUUGGAAAUAAAUCUGGAGGAUCAGGCAAACAAAGAUGCUUUGGAGGAAGAUCAGGCAUUAAAAGAGGAGCUUCCUGAAAUCCAAGAAAACAAAGAUCAGCUGACACAAAGUCUUGAGGAUCUGGCGGAACAAGUGAUUCCAGAGGAACCUGCAGGUGAUGAUUCAGAAAAAGAUCUGGAGGGAGCUUCACAGGAAAGUAAACUACUACCUGACACUGAAGAUGAGCUUAGCAAACAGCAGAAUAAGGAAACUCCGGAGAGAAUUGAGGAAGAAUUAAUUCCAGAGGAAGCUGCAGGUGACGUUACUGAAGAAGAUCGGGGGGAAUCUUCCCAGGAAACCAACAAACCGGACACCCAAGAUAAGCUUAGCCAAGUGCAAAAUAAGGAGAAUCUGGACAGCAUUGAGGAACAAGUAAAUCCAGAGGAAGCUGCAGGUGAUAAUUCAACAGAAGGGCAAGAGGAAUCUCCACGGGAAACCGAACUAUCGGACUCCCAAGAAGAACUUAACCAAGAGCAGAAUGAAGAGAGUCCGGGCAAGAUUGAUCAGCAACAAGAGAGCAUUCCGGAAGAGCAAGAGGAGGAGGCUUCGAAGCCAGAAGAGGACCUCCCCAACGAGCAGGUUACCCAGUUCCUCCGCCAGCUGGUCGUCCAAUUGUGGCCCGAACUGGGAGCCAAUCCAGAGCUCCGAUUAAAUCGAGCCAGUGCCAAGGGCGACAACUAUUUGGGCGUGGUCUGGCGGCUCCAAGUGGCUUCCGAAUCGAAACGCAGCCUGGUGGUGAAGCUGCCGCCGCAGAAUCGCGUGCGUCGCAAGCAGUUCUUCGCACGUCCGUGUUUCUUGCGGGAAACGAAAGCCUACGAGGUGUUCCUGCCGCUCGCAGACAUGAUCCAGGAGAAGUGGAACAUCCCAGGAAGGGAUCGCUUCCGGCAGCACGCCCUUUGCUUCGGCACACGCCAGGACGAACCCAACGAGUGCAUUGUGCUGGAGGAUCUCGCUUGCGCCGGGUUCUCCCUGCACAAUCGCUUCCUGGACCUGUCCGUGGAGCAUGUGCGCCAGGUAAUCCGCUCCUAUGCCAAAUUACAUGCAGUUACGCUGGCCGCAAAGCGUCAGUUUCCCGAAAGGAUGCAGAAGCUCCAGCAGCUGGUGGACAUCUUUGAGCAGCGACGUGAGGAUCACGCGUUGGGCGUUUACUUUGAGAAUCUGAAGGGGAGUGCUCUAUCCUCGCUGCUCUCGCCGGAGGACGAUGCCUACAGGACUCGUUUGGAGGCAUACUUCGCCCGGGGAUCGUACUUUGAGCUGCUGCUACCGCUGGUCAGCGGAUCCAAUUGCGAACCCUUCGCUGUUAUCUGCCACGGCGAUUGCUGGAAUAACAACAUCCUGUACAAGCGAACGGAGCGCGGAGUGUUGGACGACGUUCGUCUGAUUGACUGGCAACUGAUGCGAUAUGCAUCCCCGGUGACCGACUUGGCCUACUUCCUCUUCACUUGCACCUCGCGGGGAUUCAGGCAGCGGAACCUCCGCAAUAUGUUGGAGGACUACUACGAGGAGUUGGGUUUGCACCUGAACAGAUUGGGCGAGGAGGUGGAGCAACUCCUGCCCCGUCCUGCUUUCGACGAGCAGGUGGCCACCAAGGCGGCUGUGGGCCUGCUCCUCGCCAUGAUGGUUCUGCCCAUCGUGACAAUGCAGGGCCAGGAUGUGCCCGAUCUCCAGGCGAUCAGCGAGCGAAUCGAGGCAGGAGCGACCACGGAUCUCCAGGGUGCCGGAUUCCUGGGCGCCGGCAACGAGGAAAACUUCAAGCACCGCAUGCGCGAGGUGAUCCUCGACUGCGUGGACUUCAACUACAUCUAGGAAAGUGGAAGGGGAGCUCACCUUCUGGCGGGCCACUUGCAUCGGGUUCAGCCGGAGCUUCUUGGCACUGGUUCCAAAGCGCAGGGUGGACAACGUCUCGCUGAGAUCGCAGAGAUGCGGACUGAUGCAGGCCAGGAAUGUGAGAUACGAUUGUGCGCUGAGCGAUUCUGGAAAGGAUCAAAGGAGCAAGAUGUUCAGUACAUUUAGCAUGGGUAGCUUAAUAAAGAAAUAUAUAUACAAAACAGAACUUUCCAAAUCAAAACAUGGUUUAAUCCAAAACCAGAUGAACCCAAGGAAUUUCAUUUGCUAAUAUUGACCCUGAAUGGAUUAUGCAAAAAACCGCACAUAAGUUCUACAAUUUGGCGCGUUUUAAAAAAAUUCUUUGUUCCGUUAGAAUAUUUAGAAAUUUAAUCAAAAAUAAAUAAUAAAUUAUUGUUUACAUUACGAAUGUAAAUAUAUACA